AAAGACUGGUGUUCUGUUCUAUUAUCUUUCACCGUGGUGAGACGCUAGCGGCUAGAAACUUAAGAGGAAAGACAAGUGAAUGUCGAAAUGUAUUAUUUAUGUGUACGCUGUUUGUAUUUCCUCCAAAAACAUGUAACUGAAAGACAGUUCUGAAGAUAGCAUAGAAGCUCACACCGUUAAUUGUUCGAUUAUACGUCUUCAGUGUCAUCCUCCACUUUUUUCAGAAACAUAUGUAGCCUAUGAUAAGCUAGUGAAGUUUGAAAUAUUGCUUGUCUCUCUAAAUUAUGUGCAUGCCAGGUAUACAUGACAGACUUCGUAUGCAGCAAUAUCAAUGUCUCUUUGUCUCUGUGUAUUUUCCUGAAACCAGAUAUGUAAUCACUCGAAGAAAUAGUUUCUUUUUUGUUUUCAGUUAGCAAUUAGUGGAAGAUCACUUAGAGAAGAAGAAUGAUUUCCGCAUUGAAGGGUGAAAUUGACAUCCAGAAAUUGCCUGUGGAUUCAGAGGAACACAAGUUUAACUCAUGGAAAGUAAAAUACAAGAAAAGUCACAUACUACACUCAAAAUGUGUCAAUGGACCUUGCGAAGACGAUAAAAAUAAAUGCUUGUUGUGCAUUUACAACAGUGAACUAGAGCUUCCACAUUUGCCUGACAUGGUGUUCCCCAACAAUGUGAUGGUGCUACAGCACGAUAAUGGUUGUGGAAUAGAGUUCAAUGCCUUGGAUGCUCUGCGAAGAGUCAGUAAUGGAAAAUUAUCUUUGAAAGUUGCCUGUUCUGAGGAAUGGAAAGAAUCAAGACAGGAGCAUGGAAAUCUUGAUGAAGUUAAGCCAUUUGACUGGACAUUUACCACGGACUACAUGGGCACAUUGUUGGGAAAUUUUAUUGUCAGACAAACAGAUGAGAGGAUAAAUAUUGAGAAACUACGGCAAAGGGAGCAAAUAUUAUUUUAUAAUGAUCUCACAUUAUUUGAAGAUGAGUUACAUGAUAAUGGCAUUGCAGUUUGCUCAGUGAAAGUGAGGGUAAUGCCAAGUAGUUUCUUUGUCUUGUUGCGGUACUUCCUGAGGGUGGACAAUGUCAUGUUGCGAACAAAUGAUACUCGGCUGUAUCAUGAAUUUGGAACAGAUUUUAUACUGAGAGAAUAUACAUCUAGAGCAGCUCAGGCAUCCGAAAUAAAACAUGUUCCACCUUCUGUCCUCAGAGAGCCAAAUGAGGUGACACCACUUCUUCCAUUAAUUGAGUCUCAUUAUUCUAAACUUAGCUUCCCAGAAAGCAGUUCUUCAGGAAUAAAAUAAUUUUCAGAAUGGGUGAUAAAGCCAAUGUUGUCAUUUUUGGUGCGUGUGUGUGUGUGUGUGUGUGUGUAUUUUUUUUUUUUAAAUAAUUGAUGUACUUUAUAUUGCUGAGGUAUGUUUAUAUUGUCAAGUACAUGGUUUUUUAGCAGUAGUUAAAAUGUAAAAUGCAAGGGAAAUCGAGUCUAUGAACACGUGUAAAAACAUGUGGCUCAUACUGAUUAAGCCCUGAAUAAUGAGUGAGACCUGCUGUCAUUGUUACUAAAGUGAUCAAUCCAUUCCAAGGAAUUGAGGAAAUUGAAUAAUUGGUGUAUAUUGCUUCUCUAGAGCUGCAAACUUAAUGAAAUGAUUUAGGUUUCAUUUCUUUAUCCUGUUUUUUGCCUGUGCAUUUGUCUGUAAUGAGAGAACUUUUACAUCUUUCCUACACCCCAUAUAAUGUAUUUAGUAUUUCAGAAAUCUACCAGUAUAUAUGUAGAAUCAUAAUUAGUUGCCAUAUUCUCAAUUAAUUGUGAAAGCAUUAAAUUUUGUGAGCGCUGUUGAGGACGUCAAAAAAGUUGUUAACCAUUACAGUAACAGAAUAGGUACAUAUUGAAUAGGUGUUUUUAAAAUUAUGUAAACAUUAUUAUUAAUGAGACACUGUACUUUGUGCUCAUUUCCCAUCGCAUGUGCGCGCUUGUAAAAUUAUGUAAACAUUAUGUUUAGUGAGACACUGUACUUUGUGCUCAUUUCCCAUCACGUGUGUGUGUGUGUGUGUGUGUGUGUGUGUGUGUGUGUGUGUGUGUGUGUGUACAUCAUGAAAAGUUGUUAACUAGUACAAUAUAUUUUGAACAGAAUAGGUAUUCAUUGAACCAGUGUUCACAGAAUUAUGUAAACAUAAUCUUUAGUGAGACACUAUACUUUGUGCUCAUUUCCAACCUUGUGUGUGUGUGUGUGUGUGUGUGUGUGUGUGUGUGUGUGUGAAAGCAGACAUCAUGUUUUAUCAAUAUACAUUAAAAAAGUGAAAUUUUGAAAAGUAUAUAUGUGCUUUUAUUUUAUUAAAAUUUAAUAGAAGUGUCAUAUUUCAACAUUCGUGUAUAUUUCCAUUUUUGCCAACUGUGAUGUCAGAAUGAGAAACUAACAGGCCUACAGUCCUAGUGUAGUAAUUCAGAACACUGUGUUCAAAAGUAAAAUACAUAUUUUAAAAAAUUUAAUCCCUUCCCUCCACUCACCCAUCCCUUUUCCAAACAUAAGAGAGAUAAAAGAAAUGAAACUGCUAUGCCUAUACUAAAUAAUAUUAUUAAAUUUUAUGUUACUGGAA